GUUUACUAGAGUACAAAAAAAGCCCAAUAGUAAAAGAAAGAAGGCACCUUUCCUUUCUUCUUCUCCAACAACUUUUACCUUACGCACGUGAGACUUAGGGUGCGUUUCGACCGUACUGAAAACGGAGGAGGCGACGGUUUAGCUUAGAGCUCUGAACAACAUCUAAUCCAAGUUUUUUCCGGGCACCAAAUCGAAAAGUCCAUUCCAUUAUCAAUUUCGAAAUCAGCAAAACAUGGCACCGAGAAAAAAGUCAUCAAACAUGGUUUGGGUUGUGAAAUCGAAACAACCAGCUAAAACGACAGAACCCGCAACUGAGAAUAAGACAUCUCUUCUCUCAGAUAGUGUUUCAAAACUACAACUGUCUUCUAAAGAGCAGCACACAUCAUCCGACUGGUCCUUUCUCCCUGAGGAGCUGCUUUGCAUCAUCUCCUCAAAGCUAGAAGACUGUUUCGAUUUCAUCCACGCCCGCGCUGUUUGCCGCCCCUGGCGAUCCAUCUUCCCCUAUCCUUCUUGGCUACUACGCACUACCUACUCUCUUCCUUCGUUCGAUAGGUUCCCUCGCAGACCAAGAGGAGGCACGCUCGAGAAGUUCCCUGUCUUCCUCUUCAGAGUCCGUUCUCCCGACACAUUGCCUUGUGAGUUUUUCCUUGGAGGAAUCAGACCAGAUAAGUCCGGGGACCGUGUUGAGCUUCCAUCUCCAACCUUUAUCAACACUGCUGACUGUCGGAUUAUCCCUCUGGGCCAUAUGUGCAGAAUGGUCGGUUACGAUCCUGAUUCAUUAUCAAGAAGUUACAGAGGCGUGGCUAUUCUUCCGCUAAACGAGGAGACAGGAGAGUUCAUUGUUCUUAUCGGCUACGAUCAUCAUAUACUAGCGUUAAGAAGUACUGAAACGCGUUGGAUGGAGGUUGAUAAUUGCUCGAGAGCUGACUGCAAAGAUAUAGUCACCUUCAGAGGUAAAUUCUAUGCGGUGUUCAUCAACGGGGACGUAUUCGCCAUCGAUCCUUACACGCUUGAAACGACGCCGCUGAGGCCACCGAAUAUUGCAGGGUGUGGAAGACAAAAUUAUCUGGUUCCGUACGGUGACGAUGAGCUUUACCUUGUCGAGAGAAUCAUUGUUCGUAACAGUGUUUUGAGUUUUACCAAGAUGGCGUGUAGAGUGAGUGUGCUGGAUGAGGAAGCUGGCGAAUGGGUCGUGGUUAAUGAUUUGGGGGACCGUGUGUUGUUGAUUGGAAAGCCGGGGAACAGCUCUGGGAACAGCGCGUGCUCGGCUAAGGAGCUUCCUGAGGGUUGUGGUCUGAGUGGGAGCUCGAUGUUGUUCAUCAAUGAGAUAUUCGAUGAGACAUUUCCUUAUAAGUAUGGAGUAGAUACAGGGAACCCUGGAGAUGACUUGAAUGUUUGGAGAUGUUCGAGAGAGACUCGUGUGACGAUCCUCAAUAAGUCUCCCAUGGUGACUCUCCGGAUUGAGCGCGCUGAGCCGUGAUAUCUUAAUUUGGAUUUACCGGAGAGAUUUGUGGACUUUGUUUUUAAUAUUUUCUUGUGAUUUGAAGCAGAAGUAUUCUGAUAUCUGAUGAUAUUCCAGUUUUUAUUAUCUUGAAACUAUGUUGUCUUAAUGAAAAAGGUUUUGUCU